AGGAGGGGCAGUGGAGAGGGCGAUGGCGGGGGUGGCGGUCGGGAAGGGUGGGAUGAGCAUGGGAGGAGGAGGGGCCAGAUGGUGGGUCCACCGCUCUUCAUAUCUUCCGAGAAGUCGACUUUGGAGACCAGCGGGCAGGAUUCCCAACACCUUCACCAACUUCAUCAGCAUCAUCAGCCACAGCGGAUGGGUGCACAGCAUGGGUCACGACCCAUGGGUCAUCGCCACCUUGACCCCCGGGUCGCCCAGCUGUUGGUAGACCGCACGGUUCAGCUGUCACAGAGCUACAGCCCUCGUCAAAUGGCCCAAAUGCUGCAGCUGCUAUUCCUACGGUUGGACUGCUACUCCUCAGCUCCUGCUGCUGCACCUGCUCCUGCUAUUAUUACUACUCACCUCAGUCCUGAUGCCGGCCUUGCAGCGCUACAACAGAUCUUGUACGGCAAUGCCGUAUACCUCGAACGUCUCGCGGGCAGGAGUGCCGUACAGCUACGGCAGCAACAGCAGCCGCAGCAGCAGGGGCGUCAGAUUCGACGGCGUCUGACGUCACGACGCCUGCGGGAUGCCGUACGUGAGUUGGGCGCAGCGGCGCUUGAGUCCGUGAAGACGUUGGCGGCGGCGGGGGCGGGGGCAGGGACAGGGGAAGAGACGGAGGCUGGGGGGAGUAGGGGCAGGGGAUGGGGUAGGGGUAGGUUGGGUGACGAGGGGGCUGCUGCGCUGCUGCCUCGGCGGUGGUGGCGGGUGUAUUUAGCUGUGAUGGAGGUGGCGGUGGGGGAGGAGGAGGAGUGAGAGCUUAGAAAGAGAGUUAGGCUAGCGGUAGCUGAGCGGUGAGGUGAGGAUCCUAGGUAGGUUGCGGCAUGUAGGGAGUGCUACCUGUAUUAGAGGGGCGGGGUGUAAUAGGCCAUGCAUAUUGCAGCAUGCAGCAGCGGGGAGCGUUGUGGGUGCAGGAACACACGGGUGCAGGGAAGGCUAUUACAUGCAUCGGAAGCACCAGCCUGCAUGUCGACGACACGGUGAAAUGUGUUCCCAUGACGUGCUAGCUAGCAGUGCAGCUGUCUAGGGGUGUAGAAAGCGGUAGGUGUGCUGCAGGGACCGUCGAGACCGUGACGAGGCACAAAGUGGCCGGUGCAUGAAUGACCGUUACAGUGGUUGUUGGGCAGUCACAUCAACAUGUGAUUACCAUCACUACUACUAUUACUACCCCCACUACCACGAAAUCCUCCGGACACCUCCCUUUACAAUGGCC